CGCGUGAACCGCGGAACCGGUCCAUGUGAGUCGUAAACCGUCCCGGUCCGCUGCACAUUCGAAAAUAGAAUCACUAUAAAAACCUAAUCGCAGGGGCAUUUUUCAGCAGUUUGAUUUUGUUGUGGGUUGUGGAUUGUGGAUGUGGGUCGAAAGUAAGGAAGCUUCCAUGGUUUUGAAUACAGUUAUUUCCUUUGGAGGAGGUCACAAGUAGCAUUUAAAUCCAAUAAAUCGACUCAAUCUCUUCAUUCUCUCAAACUCUCGAACACUAUUUUCCAAUAUUUAAUAAACAUGUCGUUUUCAUUGACGCCUUCUAAGAGAUCAUAUGAGCGGAGCCUUACUGAUUCUAAUGGGAAAGGGAAAUGGCAAAAGUCAGGAGGUUUUUAUUCACAAAAUCAAUCGUUGAAAAUCUCUCCUGGUACUGUUGUUUUUCGUGUACUCUGCCCUGCUUCUAAAACUGGUAGUGUCAUUGGGAAGGGUGGCACCAUAAUUUCACAAAUACGUCAAGAAACUGGUGUAAAGGUAAGGGUUGAGGAAACUGUAUCCGGAUGUGAUGAGAGAGUGGUACUUAUCACUGGUUCUGAUAAAGACACAGAAGCUGACAAUGAACAGAGCAAAGAAGAUGGUGAGGACACUAAGGCAGCUGAAGAAGUUAGUGAUACAAAGGAACCUGGUGAGAAUGAUGAAGAUAAAGAAUCCGUUCCUGUGGAAGAUUCACAAGUUGAAAAGGGAAUUUCAUCUGUGCAGAAAGCUCUUUUACUUGUUUUUGAAAGAAUGGCAGAAGGAGAAUCAGAGACAAAUGGAGGGGAUGAAGAUAGUAAUAAGUCUCCUACUUUUGUUGUAAGGUUACUUGUGCUUUCUAGUCAAGUGGGCUGUCUUCUGGGAAAGGGUGGCAGUGUCAUCAAGCAAAUGUCAGCUGAAAGUGGGGCACAGAUUCGCAUUCUUCCUAGGGACAAGCUUCCUCUAUGUGCAUCACCUUCUGAUGAACUGGUUCAGAUCACCGGGGAAUUGGAUGCAUGUAAACAAGCUCUUCAAUCUAUUUCUCAACAACUUCUGGAGAAUCCACCUCGGGACUAUGAUAUAGUUUCUACCAAUCCUACUGGGUCAUCAUCUCAUUUAUUUGGUCCUCCUCUUCCUAGGUCUGAAGCACAGCCACCGCCGAACUACUCUUUCCCUGCACAAGGUGCACCUUAUGCUGCUGGGGUUCGUGAUACCGAUUAUCACUCAAAUACUCCCCAACUUCAUAAAUUUCAUGAAAGUGGCAUGCCUGGUUGGAUGAAACCUCAGGAUAUUCUGACCUUCAGGUUAUUGUGUCAUGAUGAGAGGGUGGGAGGUAUAAUUGGAAAGGGAGGAACCAUAAUUAAGAACCUUCAGAAUGAGACAGGCUGUGAGAUCAAAGUUUUGGAUGGUGUUCCUGAUUCAGAGGACCGGGUCAUAUUCAUUUCUGGUUCAGCGCACCCAGAUGAUAGGAUAUCUCCAGCCCAAGAUGCAGUUCUCCGUGUGCAGAGCAGGAUAGUCAGGGCUAUACCUGAUAGCAAGGAGAAGACUGUGAUAGCAAGGCUACUUGUGUCUUCCACUCAAAUUGGUUGCCUCCUAGGGAAGGGUGGUGCCAUCAUAGCUGAAAUGAGGAAAUUAUCUGGGGCUCAUAUACGUAUAUUGGGGAAGGAUCAGAUUCCAAAGUGUGCUUCAGAAAAUGAAGAAGUAGUUCAGAUAAAUGGAGAAUUUGAAGCAGUUCAAGAGGCGCUUUUGCAGAUAACCACUAGGUUGCGGCAUCAUCACUUCCGUGAUGCAUUUUCUGUCAACCAUCCAUCUAAUCCUGCUUUUACAGAUCAAGUACCGCCUUUUCCUCCAUAUUUGGCAAGGAGGGAAUUUUCACCUCCUGGGAUGUAUUCUAAUUUAGGUCCAUCCUUUCAUAAGUUUGAUGCUGUUGGUGUCCUGCAUCCACAUGGUGGUUUUCAUCCCCAUGAUGAUCGAGCUCCAUUUAUGCACAGCAUCCACAGGCUGGGCAUCCCCCCUCAUAUUCCUGAAAGAAAGCCAUCUUCUGCACCAUGGGGUCACCAGGGCCUGAUUGAAGGUGGUGUCCCAAUAGGAUUGGCAGACUUUGCAGGAGGCCCCCAACGAAGAAUACCGGGAUUUGGAGGAGGAAACCAACAAGCUAUUAUCACAAGCACCACUGUUGAAGUUGUUGUUCCUCGUUCUCUUGUUCCUUCAAUUUAUGGGGAGGAUGGUGGAUGUUUGAGACAAAUCCGGCAGAUUUCUGAUGCAAAAAUUACCAUUACUGAGCCUAAACCUGGAGCAUCAGAAACUGUGAUUAUAAUAUCUGGGACGCCUGAGCAGACCCAUGCUGCACAGAGUCUUAUUCAAGCAUUUGUGUUAAGUGAGACGGAAUCGCCUUGAUAUUUCUUAUUGAGCUUAACUUACAGGAUAGCUACUGUAUGAUAAAUGGACUUCACUUAGAUGCAAUGCUGAACUGCUUAGGUCCAACUGGAUAGGCGACUCAUAUCCUUAAAACAUAUGGUUGGUUGUUCCUGUUUAGCUGGAAGGGCUUCUCUACUACUGGCUGCACAACCAAAUGCCAGGAUCCUGAAGGCGGCAGUCCAAAUUGGUCAUCUGACCAUUCUAUUUGAGAAACAAAAUACAUCCAAACUGCCUAGAUAAUUAUAUUCUAAAAAUAUCUCAAUUUCUGGACAAAAAUAUAGUGAAUAUACUGACUACUCAUUCCUGAGUUUGGAAA